CGCCGCCUCCGCCCGCGGGGCCCGGGCCGUGCCGGGGGAGGAGGGGGAGCAGCGCCGCCGCCGCGGCCGGGCCCGUCCCCCACCGCCUCCCCCGAACACCAUAGGCGGCUCCGGCACCAAGAUGUCCAACCGGGUGCUUUGCCGGGAGGCUAGCCACGCCGGCAGCUGGUACACAGCCUCAGGACCCCAGCUGAGUGCACAACUAGAAGGCUGGCUUUCUCAAGUACAGUCCACAAAAAGACCUGCUAGAGCCAUUAUUGCACCCCAUGCAGGAUAUACCUACUGUGGAUCUUGUGCAGCCCAUGCUUAUAAACAAGUGGAUCCUAAUAUCACCCGAAAAAUUUUCAUUCUUGGGCCUUCCCACCACGUGCCCCUCUCCCGAUGUGCACUUUCCAGUGUGGACAUUUACAGAACACCUCUGUACGAUCUUCGAAUUGACCAAAAGAUUUAUGGAGAAUUGUGGAAGACUGGAAUGUUUGAGCGUAUGUCCCUACAGACAGAUGAAGAUGAACACAGUAUUGAAAUGCAUUUGCCUUAUACUGCUAAAGCCAUGGAAAGCCAUAAGGAUGAGUUUACUAUUAUUCCUGUGUUGGUCGGAGCACUGAGUGAGUCAAAAGAGCAGGAAUUUGGAAAACUCUUCAGUAAAUACCUAGCUGAUCCUAGUAACCUCUUUGUGGUUUCUUCUGACUUUUGCCAUUGGGGUCAGAGGUUCCGUUACAGUUACUAUGAUGAAUCCCAAGGAGAAAUUUAUAGAUCCAUUGAGCACCUAGAUAAAAUGGGUAUGAGCAUUAUAGAGCAGCUAGAUCCUGUAUCUUUUAGCAACUACUUGAAGAAAUACCAUAAUACAAUAUGUGGAAGACAUCCUAUCGGCGUAUUACUAAAUGCUAUCAAUGAGCUCCAGAAGAAUGGGAUGAAUAUGAGCUUUUCAUUUUUGAAUUAUGCUCAGUCAAGCCAGUGCCGAAACUGGCAAGACAGCUCAGUGAGUUACGCAGCUGGAGCACUCAUGGUCCACUGAACUGCUGAAUGCUCAGGGAUGGCACCUGCACACACUCUGUAUACGGGGUCCCAGCCUAGCCCUUACAAAGAUACAGUCCCUGGUCUUUGGGUAUACUGAAACCUCAAACUAAUAGAACUCUCUUCUUUUGUAGUAGGUGUAGUCCUUCCUUAGUUUAAACUCAUGUAAAGAUGCUUUCUUGUUUAGGACAAUAGAAGGAAGGCUGGUAUCAAAAUAUGUAGUUUUUCUUUUACUUUUCUUUCCUUUUCUUUUCCUUUCCUUUCUUUUCUUUUCUGUUUUUUAAGAUAAUGGCUAUGGAGGCAUGGUGGCAAACAGUCCUGACAAAUACAACAUGUAAAGCAUUUACCAUAUCCUAAAUUUGCACUCUUUGCAGACCUGUGCACAUGUACGCAGCUUUCAGAAUAGUUUUGCAAGUUAUAAACUGAAAAAAAGGUGGAAGCUUUUUAAUAAAGAAAAGAAAAAACAAUGCAUUUAUAAACCAACCUGUAUUAGUAUAUAAUAAAACUCCAGUCAGUUAAUACCCGUGAUGUACAACAGAUAUCUUCUAUUUUAGUUGCUAAUAAAGGGCUACACAAACCAAA